UUGUAUAAUCCGUAGAAGAAGAAGCUGUUGUUUUCCCGAUUAGCUUGCUAACUCUUCAUGCUAGUCAUGUGUAAAAAUUGGCAGGAAUUUACAAGUGAUCGAGUAAUUAAUGAAAUCAAAAUAAUAAGUUUGUUGUAGAGAUUUUAUUUAAGACGUUUAAACUCUGUUCAGCUUUUAAGGACAAGAUGAUGUAUAACUACAAGUGAUCUCAUAACGAGCAUCGCAAACCGAAUCGAACCUGUGGACCAAAUGAAUGGAGGACUCCAGAAGAAGCCUCUAAAAGAGGAAGAACCUGAAGAUGAAGAUUACUUCUGUGGUGACACGUCGAUCUCUGUGGUCCGUGUCACUUCUUCGGAACAGCAGGACGGAGGAUUCCAGAACAAGCUCAUAAAAGAGGAAGAACCUCAUGAUGAUUAUUUAUUCUGUGAGGUCUGCAAAUCCUUCUGUAUUAACAAGUGUGAAGUUCAUGGUCCUCAGCACCGGUCACACAAUACAAGUGAGAAGCCAUAUCACUGCUCCUACUGCGGCAAGUGUUUUUCUACACCGAGCGACGUGAAGGUCCACGAGCGCAUUCACACAGGAGAGAAGCUGUAUCAGUGCUCACAGUGUGGCAAGAGUUUUGUCCACCAGAGCAGUCUGAGAUCACACAAACGCAUUCACACCGGAGAACGUCCGUAUCAGUGCUCGCACUGCGGGAAGAGUUUCGGUCAUAAAGAUACUCUCAAGAAACACCUGCACAUUCACACGGGAGAAAAGCCGUAUCAGUGCUCGCAGUGCGGAAAGAGUUUCAGCGACAGAGGGACGUUCAGGUCGCACCAGUACAUCCACACUGGAGAGAAACCCUUUCACUGCACCGAGUGCGGAAAGAUUUUUACACGGCAGAGUUCUCUGCAGCAACACCAGCGCGUUCACACCGGAGAGAAGCCGUAUUACUGCUCAAAGUGCGGGAAGAGCUUUAGUCAGCAUGGCACUCUGCAACAGCACCAGCACACUCACACAGAUGAGAAACCGUAUCAGUGCUCGCAGUGUCGGAAGAGGUUCAACAGGCAGAGAAAUCUCCAGUCCCACAUGCGCAUUCACACCGGAGAGAAGCCGUACCAGUGCUCGCAGUGCGGGAAGAGGUUCAGUCACCAUAGCACCCUGAAAAGACACCAGCGUAUUCACACGGGAGAGAAGCCUUAUCACUGUUCACACUGUGGCAAACGGUUUACUCAGCACGGUACUCUACAAUCCCAUACACGCAUUCACACAGGAGAGAAACUCCAUCACUGUUCACUGUGUGAGAAAACAUUUAACCGACUGAGUUCUCUCCAAAUCCACCAGCGCAUUCACACAGGAGAGAAGCCGUACGGGUGCUCGCAGUGCGGGAAGAGUUUCAGUCAGAACGGGACUCUGAAACAGCACCUGCGUGUUCACACUGGAGAGAAACCGUAUUACUGCUCACAGUGUGGAAAGACGUUCAGUCAGCAAAGCACUCUCCACCAACACCAGCGCGUUCACACUAAGAACAAAGCACAUCAGGAUACAGCAUGGGAAGAGCUUUAACGAAGCGUGUUCAACUGCACCAGCUCCGUCAAACAGGAGAUGACUCUGUAUCACUAAAGGAACCAAACAGACA